AUGGGCGACACAGUCGGUGCUUGCGCUCUUUGCUUGCUUGGCGCUGCAAGCGCAAGCACCGACGUGUUUGUCCUCGGACCCAUCAUCCCUGUCACUGCGCGCGGAUCAAGCGCUGGGCAGGAGAUGGCGCGGGGUGCGCACUGCGAGCAGGCAGCCGCGGCGCACGAGCUGACAACGACUGACGCAAAAGGCGGGGAUUGCGGUGCAGUACACGGAGGGGCGGGGCUGGCGCAGCUGCACCCGUCCGAGUGGGCGUGCGAGCGGCAUCAGAGGCUGUUUAUGCUGGCGUGCCAUGUGCUCGGCGACCCGCCGCCGGCUCUUUGCUCGCAGUUUGCAGAGACGCGUGGGUGGACCUCCCCGGCGGCCGUGUGGGCAUGUCGCUGUGCCUGCCACAACAUGGCGUACGGCGUGUACAUGCAGAUCGCGCCCGGCCAGCUUUGCGACGGCGAUGGACAUGUGCGCCCGUUCCUGCGGAGCGGCUAGGGGAUUAUUAGCGCCCCACGCCACAUGGUCAUGAUGCAUGGGUCUGCGGAGCGAACAGAGGCGGAACAAUGAUCAGGCACCCCCAGGCAUCCAACACGGUAAAUGGAGG